AUGAAGGAAGCCCUGACGAAGUGGGGCUACGUUGGUGGAAAGAUCAACUUCAUUGUAUGCACUUACCUGAUGUGCAUUGAAACGAUCAAUCUGACGGCCGACCACGAGGAGCAGAGGCGAACAACCAUAGACAAGAUCACAGGCGCAGCUGCUGCAUCCUCGUCG